AUGUUUAUCUACCUAGUGCUAAAAAUAGUACACGCCCUUCGAUACACUGAUCUGAAUCACAUUCCUGGACCUAAGCUCAACGCUCUGUCGAUGAUUCCAUACGCGAGACACAUGCUGGCAGGGAGCACGGUAGAAAAUAGUGUGCGGUUGCACAGGGAGUACGGUGAUGUGGUCAGAAUUGGACCAAAGGAGGUCUCUUUUAUAUCUGGGGACACUGCUUUCCCGGACAUUUAUGGUUUCCGCACCGGCAAACUCAAAGGCCAUAGAAAUAUGUACAAGGAUCCUGCGUGGUACGUGAAGCCUGAGAAUGGAGUGCCGUCUAUCUUGCACGCCGACGACGAGGACCACUCACGAGGUCGUCGGGUCUUGGCACACGCAUUCAGCGAGAGAGCGGUGACCGCGCAAGAAGCUCUUUUGCAGGGCUAUGUUGACCAGCUGGUCGGAAGACUGCAAGAGGUCACAACUCAAAGCCAAGAACCAGUGGAUAUGGUCAAGUGGUACAACUGGACCACAUUCGAUGUGAUUGCUGAUUUGAUGUUCGGUCAACCCUUUGGAUGCUUGCAGGAUCUCUCGACACACAACAUUGUGGCUCUGCUCCUCGAGUCAUUCAAGUCACUCAGAAUUCUCUACGUGCUCAAGCAUUUUCCUUGGCUAAAGUACCUCGGAAAUCUUGCUGUUGAUAGUAGCUUGAUACAAAAACGCAAGCAAUAUCUAUCAUGGGUCUCUGCCCAGGUCACGAAGAGGAUUGAGCGAGAUACAGCCCGGCCCGAUUUCAUGACCUUGAUCCUGGCCAAUAAUGGAAAGAAGGGCGUUGAGCUGUCUCGCGCUGAGAUCAACUCGAAUGCCAACUUGAUGUUGAACGCCGGCUCGGAAACGACGGCCUCGCUGCUCAGCGCCGCGACGUGGUUCCUGCUAAAAAAUCCCGUGGCCAAGCAGAAGCUCCAGGACGAAAUUCGGGGAAAAUUCAGCAGGUAUCAAGAUAUCACCCUGGCUGCCCUUGGCGAGACACCAUACCUGUCAGCUUGCUUGUCGGAGUCCCUCCGCCUGUUCCCACCUGUGCCUGCGGGAUUCGGCAGGGUGGUGAACAAGGGUGGCGAGUAUGUCAGUGGGGUGUUCAUACCAGAGGGCACCGUCGUCUCUGUGAGCCACUAUGCGGCAUACCACUCCGAGCGAAAUUUCAAGGACCCGGACGACUUUGUUCCGGAGCGAUGGCUUGGAGAUGAGCGUUACGCCGGCGAUAAUAAGGCUGGCUGGCAGCCAUUCAGUUUCGGCCCGCGUAGCUGUUUAGGCCGUAACCUCGCUUGGGCAGAGAUGCGACUCAUCAUGGCAAAGAUCCUGUGGUCUUUUGAUUUGGAGCUGGAUCAAACAAGCUAUGAUUGGCUGAGCCGUUGCAAGGUGAUGAGGCUUUGGGUGAAACCGGAGUUGGCGGUCAGACUGCGACAGGUUGUUAGGUAUUAAAGAAAGUACAGGUAACAUGGCCUGGGUUCAGAUGGAGUCUCUGGUGGGAAAUGGGAUCAAGAUUUCGCGGGAUCCUGUCACAAGUAACAAUUACAGAAUUAGAUGUAAAGUACAGUGGAAUUCAAGCCGAG